AUGGGACGCAGAGGGCCCGAGGAGAAGAAGCAGGAGGCGUGUGGCGUGUGGCUGGACGCGGCGGCGCUGAAGAGGCGGAAGGUGCAGACACAUUUAAUCAAACCAGGCACCAAAAUGCUGACAUUGCUUCCUGGAGAAAGAAAAUGUGAUACUUCUUUUAUUCGAAGAAGAAGCACUCGGCAGACCAGCAUUGCAUCCUUUGUCACCUUGCAACCAGGAAUGGCAAAUGGGGGCAACCAGAAGAGCAUUUUAUCUCUCAAAGAAAAUCAGAUCAACAAAGAAUGCAAGAGAACCCAGGGAUUGGGGGAUUGCUUGGUAUCACCUUUGACCACAGCAGCCCCUGCAGACAUCCCGGAAGCUGGACAUUCUCCUGCAUCUCCCCACUUCUCUAGCUGCCACAGUUUGGAAACACCGCCUUUGACUACAACGUCUUCGCCCCAACCUGACAUCCUGAUGGACGCUCGACUAAGUAAAGCCUCCCUGACUUCUUCCUUUACCCAGGACAUGGACGGUUAUUGUUUGCUGGACCGAAGAGAGGCCAGAAAGAAAAGGGAAUGGCUUCAUGGAUCUAAGACAAACUGUCCAGGCAUGGGAAGCCACAUUAGACCGUCUGGGGGUAAAUGCUAUCAGCCCUUGGACAAAGCUGAACUGGGAGAAAAAGGGACUGCCAAGAAAAACAUGCAGGCCUCUGUGCAUCUUCAAACCUACAGGUUAGAAUCCUGGAGUAGGAAAAAACUGCUGUCGGUGGCAAAAAGCCCUCUUCUUUCUGUGUUUCCCUGGGAUAGUGAAAGGAAUGAGAGGGACUCCUGGAGUCAGCUUUUCACUGAGGAUUCCCAAGGCCAGCAGGUCAUUGCCCACAACACUAAAAUGCCUUUGCAAGAUAUAACCAAUGAUAGGAAUCAAGGCUCGGGGCCGUUUCCUGACAGCCCUCAGGCUCAGUGCCAAGAAGAGCCUACUCUGUUACAGCUGCAGCCAAACCUGGUCUUUACCCAGGACUCUGAAGUUCCAGCUGCCUGCACACUGCCGUUCCCCUUCAUGAUCAUAAUGGAUUGAACCUCUGAAACUGUAAGUAAGCC